UACGACGUUGCCUCCGCAACCUAAACCUGCAAUCAUCAAGCAAGAACCUAGGGAUUAAAAGUCUUCAUACAGACAUGACUUUUUUGGAUUUAGUCUCUAUACAUACAUAUAUACUUCAGAUAUCAAGUCAAAGAAUUGGCGUACCUCUUACUAUUUGAAUUUUCCAUACGAACAUAGCUCGGAACAUGGAGUACUCUUUGCCACUCGUCCGGGGUCUCAAUCCUUCCUUCCUUGCCAGUGAAGUGACCAUCGACGUUCUCAUUGACAACUCAACCGCCCUUGAUAUCCUGACUUCGAAAAUAUUCAUUGCACUUCAAUUUUCUGGAGGGAUAGGAAUGCUUCUCCUCCUUCGUUCUCGGACAUGGUACAGCUUCUGCAUAUCUUGGAUGAUCUCAAGCUUCUCAUACUGCCUCCUAUUCUUUGCUAUGAAACAAUUCAAUCCGAAUCAGAAACCAUCGUAUGGGCUGUGUUUGACACAAGCUGCACUGGUUUACUCCAGCCCUCCUCUAACAGGAGCAACGACAUUUUCCCUGCUUCUAGAGGUCUGGUUAAUGUUCCGUUUCGCAGCUUCAGGAAAGCGCAGUGUUGGAAGUAAAGUCAUGGUCUCUUUAUUGAUAGCACCAUAUGUGCUCUGGGUACUAUUGACAGUUGGAUUUCUCAUUCUUGGUGGAGUCAAUCCAUCCUUAGUUCAACGAGACCUCGCAUCGGCCCCGUACUGUGUCCUCAACAAUCCUGCUCCGUAAGUCUUCCACAUGCAGUGUUUGAAUUCUCGAACAAGAGUUUCGUAAUAACUACAAUAUGCACAGUCCCAUCCUAGU